AGUGUAUCCUCAUCGAACGGCGAUCAGCAACCAUCGACGUCAUUUCGUCGUCACAUUCCAAUCACCGAACGUCUGCAGGACCCUCAAACGGCCAUUCUGAGUGAACCAAAACCUCUUCAGGCAUCAAGUGCAGCCACUAAUUUGAACAUCACAUCGAAACCAAGGCCCAUGCCCAACCCUCUUCUCUUCGAACGACAGGGUUCCUUACGUGCUCCCGAAUCAUCAACAGCCGCCGCGGCCGCAUUCCGUCGACAGUUUUCGUUACGCUCUUAUAGUGCUGAUUCUCCGUUAAGAAAUGUUCGUUUUGUAUUGAAUGCAUCAUUUCUUCAGUUUCAUUUUACUUUAUUCAUUUCAUUUAUCCAUUUUCUCAAACAAUCUGCGAGUGCUCGAUAG